AGUGUGAAGAGUUUUGUUUUGACUUUUGAAAUUUAUUAAUAUAAAAUAAAAAUGUGAUUUUAUUGACUAAUAUUUGGUCGUAUUCUAUAUCAAGUUUUUAACAAAAAAUUCUUGUUAUUCAGGUUUCAAGUAAUAAAUCAGUUCACCUUCGUUUUUUAAUGGUCUGGUGACAAUAAGAGCAGCUAAUUAUGUCAUGGUUUGCGGAAUUGGCCGGUAAGGCUGAACAUCUUCUAAACAACUUAGAUGAACAAACCGGUGCUGUCUUGCGAAAUCAUGGUAAUGCGAAACCAAAUAAUGGAUUAUCUUAUCAAAGCAGCAUAACGAUUCCGCAAAAAAAGCGCCAGCCGCCAAGGAACACUCAAAGCCCGUUUGACACACGUUCUAGCACACCUAUUAGAAAAAGUUCACCUCCAAGUAAACGUUCGCCAUCACCUAAAAGAGGAGUUACAGAUAAAAAAAAUAUUAUGAAAACUAACCAAGAGCAGAACAACAGGUCUCCUAACAGAAAAACUACUAAAUAUAACUUGAAUAACAGUCCUCCAACAUUAGUAAAUGAAUGUAAUGAUGGUUUGAGACAUAGAAGAUUGAGUUUGCCAACAGAUUUAGAGCUCAUGAACCAGGAAAGUCUUACAUACAAUAUGCAAAAUUUGGAAGUGGAGAAUGCCAUGUUAAAAAAUGAACAGAAUGUCCUUAAUAGGGAAAUAUCAGAAUUGUUGAGCAGGCUCAGAAAAACUGAAGAUGAAUUGGCUGCAAAAGAUAACAAAUUAGAGGUCACACAAAAAAUUAAUAAUAAAAUUUAUUUAGAAAAGGAUGGCUUAAUUCUACAAUUAAAUGAACUAAAAGCUGAAAUUGAAGGCGGUGACAUGUUUGAACUGUCGAAGCAUAAAGAAGAAAAGAGCAGAUUAGAAAAUGAAAUAAAAAUGUGUAAGGAUGUAAAUACUGAAUUGGAAAACAAAGUCAAAAUCCUGUCAGAAGAUUUGAAUGAAAAGUCUGCAAAACAAAUGAAACUGGAAAAGGAUUUAAAACACACGCAGUCCCGUAUUACAGAACUUGAGAGCGAAUUAGAGAAAUCAAAGUCCGAAUGUGGUAGACUUGAAAAAGAAUGGGAAUCCUAUAAGCAUAGGGUUAAAAAUAUGCUGAAUGCAAAAGAUGGCGAGAUAAAAGCUUUAAGGGAUGGUGUAAAUCUAUCGGAGGAUACAAAGGAGUUAAUAGUGCAAAUUGAUAAAAUAAAGGAAGAACGGGACAGUCUCUCAGAAGCCAUAACAAGUAUUAGAAAGGAAUGUACUGAGAUGAACCAACAUAUGAGGCACUUGGAGACGCGUCACAGUGCUGCUGAACGAAUGGCCAUCGCGUUGCGAGAUGCCUUAAAGGAAGAGCGCAGUGCUAGAAAUAAGGCUGAAGCACAAGCAAAUGCUAUUGGAAAGGAUUUACAAGCAAUGCAUGUAGAAAUGAGCCAAACGAUAGCCAACCUUCGGACAGCACUGCAACACAAAGAGCAAGAGAUAAUGAACAUGAUGGAAGCUUCAGCCCCCACGUCGGACUCAAGCGCGCUCAAUGUUGGCGACUAUGACUUCAUGCAUAGCAUAGACAAUGACAAGAUCAACUAUCUGACACAGAUGCUGGUCCAGAAACAGGGGAAGAUCGACACGUUGCUUGCAGAUAAUAAUACGCUUCGAAUUCAGAUGGAAAAGUUGGAGACGAAAUUCAAGGCUGAGGUGGCCUCGGCCCGAGCACAGCACAGCAUCAUCCGCCUUCAAGAAGAAACUCGUCGGUCCAGACAAGCUUCGCCUCUCUCCAAGUUGUCGCUGAGAAUUGGCCUUAUCAUGAAAAGAUUCCCACUCUUAAGGAUAUUUAUUAUAUUUUAUAUGAUUGGUCUUCAUUUCUGGGUGAUGACAGUUCUCUUCACCAGCACACCUGAGAAUUAUGUCGUCUCUAAAUCAUGAUUUAAAUCCACACAACAGCUGUUUGUGCAUCAAUAGCAUAUCGCAUCAUUGGUAUAACUCGUGCCAAUAAGGAAACGAUUCUAAAAUGGCGACCACUAAUGAUUCGCUCUCACUCGCACAUGUAAUAUCAUCUAUCUUCCAUUCCUGUUUCGCUGUGAAUCCCACCUAUUUCUUUGCCAUUUUAGAAUCGUUCCUCUAUUGGCACGAGUUCUAUUUGUUUUAAUUUAAUGUUUUAUUCUAUAGAUGAAAUUCAUUGUAAAUGUACGGUGCUAACAUAUUAUAUAAUAAUGUAAUUUGUUUGUUUAUUAAGCAAAUUAUCAAAAUUGGCUUAUCCUUUUUGGAUAAUCAUUAUACAUUAAUUCAACGAUAUCUUACGUAGCGUUUGCUUUCAACUGGAAUAUUAUACAGUGAACAAAGGCGACAUUAAAUAAAUACAGGGUUAGAGCGACAAACGUUAUCAUAAAAAAACUAAAAAUCAAAGUAAAUAAUUAAAAUUUCAAAAUUAUCAAACAUUUACCAGUGAGCUCCUUUGCACAGGAUGCCGGCUACUUUUUGGGUACCACAACGGCGCCUAUUUCUGUAAUUUGUAAGCAUUACUGCGUUUCGGUCUGAAGGGCGCCGUAACUAUUGAAAUUACUGGGCAAAUGAGACUUAACAUCUUAUGUCUCAAGGUGACGAGCGCAGUUGUAGCGCCGCUCAGAAUUUUUUGGUUUUUCGAGAAUCCUGAGUGGCACUGCAUUGUAAUGGGCAGAGCGUAUCAAUUACCGUCAGCUAAACGUCCUGCUCGUCCCUUAUUUUCAAAAAAAAAAAAAUAUGUUGUUGGCACGAAGUAGGCUUACUCUAGCGCGCGGGUACUAGAAUACUUACAGGGUGUUGCGAAAUGAUAUUAUGAAUAAUUUAUUUAUUUAUAAAUAUGUCGCCAUUUUAGCUGUAUACAUAUAACUUUCCGCUCGGGUUGUGAUGAGAUUGAAUAUAAUAUUUAAAGUAAAGUUCUUUUUAACAACAUAUUUUAGCAAACCAACCAAUAUUGGAGAUGUUUACCUGUUUUAUAUCACUACAAUUUAUGUUGGGAACUCAAUUUAUUUUAAUAAAGUAUAGCUAAAUCUAUUUGUAUUGGUGAAAUAGUAUAAAUGAUGUGGCCUUUUUCCUUCCCGUUUUUGCCCUGUUUUCCGGGAGGAAAGUGGCACUUUUCGGCGUAUUGUUAUGACGCAUGCGUAUAUCCGCGCAGGUGUGAUAAACAUUUUCUUGAAAUUGGUACUUCAUUUUAUUGAGUUUAUUAUGACAUACAAAAAUUGAAAUAAUUCCUUUUUUUAACAUAAGUUUAUUACACUACAAAUAUGUUAUUACACUAUAAAUUACACGUCUGCCAUAAACAGAAGACAGAAUUGAGAAGAAGAUAUCAUCCCCACCAUCUGGAUGUGUAGCGUUUCUCCACAGUGCGGUUUUCAAAGAACUUUCUUUCACGUACAACAAAGCUGUGGAAUGAGCUUCCUUGUGCGGUGUUUCCGGGACUAUACACCUAAACAAAAGGGUACCCAUGCCGUAUAAGUAAGGUACGUGGAUGCGUACACCUUCCUUAACGACUGGCAACGCUCCUGUAAUUCCUCUGGAGUUGCAAGAGAAUGUGGGUGGUGAAUCACUUAACACCAAGUAAAUUAUCAGGAGGUGGGCCACCAAAAGAUCGCGUCGUAUUUUCUUGCAACACUAGAGGAAUCACAGGAGCGUGUCCGGCCUUUUAGGAAGGUGUACGCGGUCUAUUUGAGGCUUUAUUACGCAACAAACUCAAUUAUGCGGUUGCCGGGUUCUUCCUCCUCGACUACCUCCGAAGAUCUUUCGCGUUUUCAUUCCUAAAUCAGAUUUUUUAUAAGUUGUACACUCGUCAUCAGGCGGCUCUUAGGCUAGUACUCCUAUUCCAAAAAAAAAAAACAGUAUAAAUGAAACAUCGGUUAUAUCCUUGAGGGCCCAAAUUUUGUUGCAAUAUCUAACACUUUGUUGGUAUUUAUUUUAUAUCCCCAUCCCAGUCAUGCACAAUACCACGUCCCUUUGUAGGGUUAAAUCCAGAUUGGUCAGUACUACAUGGCCAUAUUAUCUCUGGACCUCGCUGGAACGUGAAGCCCCCCCUCUCGUUCCCCUUUCACCCCCUCGCGCUCGUCCUGUUGCGUCAGUACGGUUUGCAGCUUCAUUACCCACCUGUUACGUCAUGUUCAUUGUUACGUUUUGACUUGUAUUAUUAAUAGUUCUGUAGAUUCUGUGGUUUCAUUGUCGAUAAUAAUAGUACUAUCAGAAAUAUAAAUACCUUACUAAGCCUAGGUGCUUUCAAUGAUUUUUUCAUCAUUAUAAUAAUAAUAAUAAUAGUCAGCAACACAACACAACACCUUUACAUCAAUCAAUAAUACAGAAUCGUACAUUAUUUAUUAAUAAUAAUAUUAAGAUUUUAUUUAGUGAUGCUUGUUUUGCACACCGUACUGAAGCGACAAUGUGACGUCAUCAACGUCAGGCCAGAGACAACGUAAACAGGUUGUAUAUAUUUAUUUAUGAAUUUAUAGUUGUACGUUUUUAUGUUGUAGUAUAGUCGUGGUUAUUUUUGUUUGUAAAUUAAAAGUGUAUUCACUUGUAUUAUUAAUAAUUAUAUUAUUGUUAAUAUUUAUUAAUAAUCCAUUAUUUGAUAUAAAGCUCUAACGAAUACAAUUAAAAUUAAUUCUGAUUUACACAAAUCCAAUUUUCAAAUAAAACACUUUUUAAACGAUUAAAAUGUAUGUAUUUUUAACUUUGUUGUUUUAUUAUUAUUUUAGUUAACCCGAGGUUUUUAAAGAUCUCGUCGCCGACGUUUCAAACCUUUCCAGAUCUCGGUUUCAGGGGGACUGCGACGAGAUAUGGAAAAGUCUUGGUUAAAAUUUGGGUUAACUAAAAUAAUAAUUAAAAUAACUUUUACACAAAAAAAAGUAACAAUUACACGCGUUUUAAUCCUUUAAAAAGUGCUGAGUUGGAAAGAGCGCUCGCACGGAACGCGAGAGGUCGCGGGUUCCACUCUUGCAUCGUUCAUGAAAUUCUGUUUCCAGUUUUAUUUGUGUGAUUAAGUGAGGGUUAUCACUUUAAAAACAUAACAAAUUGUUUAGAUUUUAAUAUUAUUUCAAGAUUAUUAGCUUAGUGGUGAACCAGCCCAAUUUGAUUUAGAAAAGUUCUAGUAAACUCGGAUGAUGCUAAGUUCAGUUUUUGCCAGUAUUAAACUUAAGUUUAUUAAGCAAGACAUGCCUUUUUAGUAUUACACUUUAGUUUUUUUAAAAUAUCGUUUUGAGAGUGCGGUGUGAGAUAAUAUAUAUACUAGAAUAUUUUUAUUUAAAAGUUAUUUAGCACAUAAUACCGAAAAUUGAACUGAAUGUUUAGAUAAAUAAUAAAAAAUCCUUGUUAUAUGAAAAUAGUUUUUACGUUAUAUCAUAAAUAUAAAAUAAAUUAUUGGUUUGUCAAAAACACAUCCGAAAAAUGAGUUAUCCAUUUCGGCCAUCUUGUCUUCGACUGAAACAAUUUUGAUAAUUUCAUAUUUUGUUACUUUUAACAUAUUUUAUCGCGUCCUUGGUUCUACAAAGUAUUUAUCGUAUAAUAUAUAGUAGGUAAAUUAUUUUUUACUCUACAUACAUGGGUAUUUUUUAUUAGGCAAAGGCUCUGCUUUACUCCUCUCCGCCAGGUUCUCUGCCAGCUCUUAUUAUAGGCAUCGAGAUAGUCACGCCAUCGUUUUCGGCGUCUUCUUCGCAGUCUGCCCGUCCUGAAGCACCCAAUGCGCGACGACCUGUGCCUAUCGGUCUGUGGGCAUCCGAAACACAUGCCCAGCCCAGUUCCACUUUAGCUUUUAAUUAUAGUAUAUUACGCACCUUCUCACUCGCGGAAGAUUGACAAUGUCCUACUUAUCUUACGUGGUGGGUAUACGAUUUUUUCCCAUCUGAAUGAAAAGCUCGCUUUUAGUCCCUGGUCCGAGGGACAAAAGUCGUUUUGCCGGGACAGAUUCGGCCAAUUUGUCCCUCAUACCAGGGACUACAGACAGCUUUUCAUCGAGGUGGGAAAAAGAAAUUAAUUUGCCUUUAGUUAAAAUGGUCUACCACAAAAAUAAUCAAACAAAUUUUUGUCCAUUUCUAAAUUAACUUUUAAUAAGAUUUGUUAUUUUGUUUGUCGAUGUUUUGUUAAAAUAUUUAAACUUCUUGUAGAAUCUCGGUAAUAAAUUUGAUAUUGUAACUAAGAAUUUAUUAUAACUAUUAAUAUAUUUAUCUAAUUUAAAUUAAUUUAUCUGUAAUAUAUCAUUCCAGCUUAAGAUUGACGAUGUUAUCAAAUAUUUAUGUGCCUUAAUGAAUAUUUCUUUUAAUUGUUUCGUACCUGUUUUAUUUUACUUUUAUGCCAAAUGAUAUUUUAUGUAUGUUUGUAUAUUAAAAUGUUUUUUGAAAA